AUGAAUGAGAAGACAGACACUAAGAAGCCAAGAAGGGUGACUGACGGACAGCUACGGCAUGAGGAGAAGAUAGCAAGGGUUCCAAUAGAGAACAUGUUCUACAAAGACCUCCCCCCUGCGUUUGUGUCAAUAGUAGGGCCACCUUCAAGCGGGAAAACGACAUUAAUGAGAUCUAUAGUGAAGUACUUUACUCAUCAACUGAUAGAUAAUCCCCGGGGCCCCGUGACACUGUCUCCAUCAAAAUCCAAGAGGAUCACUCUAUUUGAAUCAAGGGUUGACAUCCAUCAGUUUGUCGACGUGUCGAAAGUGUCUGACCUAGUCAUUCUCACCAUCAAUGCAGGAUCUGGGUUGGAGAUGGAAACAUUUGAGUUUCUCACUCUACUGAUAUCUCACGGGCUUUCCAAGAUUCUGUGUAUUGUGACCAAUGUAGAUAGCUGCAAGAACCAGAAACAUUUAAAGUCGAUAAAGAAGAGAAUAUGGGAGGAGAUAUGCCCUGGAAUCAAGUUCUUUUAUGUUGGAAAGGUUGAGGACGGAAGAUACGGGGAUUCUGAUCUGCUUAAGCUUUGCAGGUCGAUUGGAGUCAUGAAAUAUAGGCCUAUUGAAUGGAAGUGCAUGCAUCCACAUAUCAUUGUGGACAGAGUUGAUGAGACAUUUGUCUAUGGGUAUGUAAGGGGAGGGUUGAUGAGGAAAGACAUGGAGGUCCAUAUUCCUGGGGUUGGGGAUAGUAAGAUAGCUGACAUUGAAGUCCUAAUGGACCCAGUUCCUACCCAUGGUGAAAGCAAACUCUCACAAAGGUCGAAGGUUCUAUACUCUCCGAUGUCAGGGGUUAAUGAGGGAAAGAAAAGAGAAGCUGAAGAUAAGAAGGGAAUGAGGAUUGAAGUUGAACAGGACAUGGAAAUCAGGGUUUUCAAGGGAGGAAAGAGUAUUGACGAGGAGUCCGAUGCUGAUGUAUCUUCGGAGAGCUCGAACAGAGAGGAUUCUGAAGAAGAAAAGGAAGAAGAGGAGGCGGAAGAGGAAGAUGAAUCAAGUCUUGGAUUUGAAGAGCUGAAGAAGAUGACAUCUGACAGGUUCCAAAAGGAAGCAGUUACUGAAGAGGAGCUUAUUGAGAAAUUCAACAAAGGAUAUGAAGAGAAAGAGAAAGAAAGCAGCAACAUCCUACUCAGAGAAAAAAGAAGGUUGGAAGAAGAAAUAAAAAGGAACGAAGAGAUGAUGGUUCCUGGGGUUAUUAUUCCUGGGAAGUAUGUUAAGAUUAGGUUGUCUAAUCAUGUUCCUCAGACAGUUGAUUUCAGCAAUGUCAUUAUUCUCGGGAGCUUUCUUGUAGCUGAGAAGGAAAUGAAUAUUAUUCAAGGGAAGGUCAAGAGAUACAAAUGGUACAAGAAGAUUCUGAAAACAAAUGAGCCUGUAAUCUUUUCUGUUGGAUGGAGGAGGUUCCAGAGUGUUCCAAUAUUUAGCAUGAAAGAUGCAACUAGGAACAGAGUUAUAAAGUACACACCCGAGUCUAUGCAUUGCAACGUCUCUUUUUAUGGGCCUGUUGUGCCUGCAGGAACUGGGUUUUCUGUGUACAGUGAAAAGGGAGACUUUAAGGUUCUGGGGCUGGGAACAAUAACAGAUGUUAAUGGAGAUGCAAAGCUUGUCAAGAAGCUGAAGUUGGUUGGAUAUCCCAAAGAAAUCAGACAAAAUACAGUAUUUGUUCAAGACAUGUUUACUUCUGACCUUGAGGUGCUAAAGUUCCAGGGAGCAUCACUUAAGGCUGUGAGCGGACUCAGAGGACAGGUUAAAGCGCCUCAUGGAAAGAACGGGGUUUACAGAGCUACUUUUGAGGGGAACAUGCUGAUGAGCGAUAUAAUAACAUUGAGAUGUUUUGUUCCUGUAGAGGCAUAUAAAAUCUUUAUUCCUGUAAACAACCUGGUAAAUGAAUGGAGGGGACUUCGAAGGCUACAUGAGAUAAGAGAAGCCUUAGGGAUUACCCAUAACUACGGCCAGGAGGAAUCUUCUCCCAACGAGGAGGAAGAAUGCGAUGACACUGAUGAGGAUUACAGCCUUCCGCAAGAAAUAGAAAACGAGCUUCCUUUCGACAAGAGGAGGAUCUCUGUUGUUAGUGAGAAGAUCGAGUUACCGAUUCCUCCUGACUACAAAGAGAAACAUGAGAUGAAGAAUAACAUUAUGAAAGAAAGGAUAAAAAAGGAUCGGGAAGAGGAAGAAAACAUACAGAGACUCCGCCGAAUGAAGGAGGAGAAUUUACGAAAGAAAGAAAAAGAAAGAGAGGAGAGGAUCAAAAAGACUAUACAUGAUAAUUACAAGCAUAUGAUGAAGAAGAGACAUAAGAAAAGGUGA